AUGGAGGUGGAAAGGUCGUCGUCGCCGAUGUGGGUUAGGGUUUCUGAGGAGGUGACAGUGACUGUCGCCGAUAUGGGUGCAAGCGAGAGAGAGAGAGAGAGAGAGAAAAUGAGAGGAGGGCUAAGUGAGCCAGGGGUAAAGCAGCCAAUUUCCCUCUGUGCGUCCACCCCUGUCACUCUGAAAGUUGAAGUAGGGCUACAGUUCUGCAGAGUCCUACCCUUUGGUCGGGCCCUCUUAUCCAACUCGUGUGUCAAGAACCCUUUAUCUGGUCAGCCUGAAGAUAGCUCUGAUUUUCAUUUCAAGCACAACAACUGUACGUGUUAUGAUGCCUCUGACUUUCUUUUUAAUGAGUGCAAUGGGUAUCAGUUCCAUAUGAAUCUUGCCAAAUAUAAAAUCCCAUUGCGCAAUGCUGAGGAACUUUUCGCCCAAAUUCUGGUGGUAUUCUUCCCACUCCUUGACCUGGUGGUCAUUCUGGCGGUUUCUCUAGUGGCUCAUCAUCUGGUGGUUCUUCUGGUACUUUCUCUGUGGUCUCUCCAAGCUUGGGCAAAACUCAGUGUCAGAUUUGUGAUAAAUGGUCACAGUUCCAUUGAUUGUCAUCAAAGGAUGAACCAUUCUUAUCAAGGUCGAAUUCCUACUGCUCGCCUUGCUACCAUGGCUGCUGUUCACUCUACUUCUUUGAAGAAUAAUGACUGGCUUGUUGAUACUGGUGCUACAAGUCAUGUUACUCUUGAUCUUGGUGCUUUGCAGACUCACUCGGCUUACACUGGUGGUGAACAAAUCCACAUUGGAGAUGGCCAAGGUUUGUCAAUUUCUGAUAUUGGUCAUACCUAUUUUCCAACAUCUACUGGUAAUUUUAAGUUUCAUGAUGUGCUUCAUGUUCCCAAAAGUGCUUAUGAUUUACUCUUUGUGCACAAAUUCACUCUUGACAAUCUGUGUUCAGUGACAUUUACUCCUUUUGCAUUCUUUGUUAAGGACCUACUCUCGGGGAAGAUGCUUUUCCAUAGUCCUAGUAAACAUGGUCUCUAUCCAUUCAAAUUCAAUCCUUUCUUCAAUAAAGUCGGACAUCAAGCUCUUGUUAUGCAGAAAGCUUCUUCAUGUAUCUGGCAUCGAAGACUUGGUCAUCCAUCCAAGUCUAUUUUCCAUUAUGUUGUGAAACAACAUAAUCUGCCUUGUGUAUCUUCUAAUGAUACCUCUUUUGUCUCACCCACUGUCUCUGUAUCUGGCUAUAAAUACUAUGCCAUCUUUGUUGAUGAUUGUGUUGUGUUUACCCAAUAUCUUUCUAAACAUGGCAUUCUCCAUCAGUUUAGCUGCCCUUACACACCAGAGCAGAAUGGUGUGGCAGAACGAAAACAUCGAUUACCUUCUGUUCAUCUUGUCACAUGUCUUCUUUUCAAAAGUUGUUUCAUCAUUCCCCAGCUUGUGUUAAUAUUGCCGAUCCUCAUCCUCCUCCUCCCCCUCCCCCUCCCCUUCCCCCUCGCCCUCCCCUUCUCCUCCUCCUCCCCCUCCCCUUCCCCUCCUCCUCCUCCUCCCCCUCCUUCUUAUUCUUCUCCUUCACCUUCAUCUUCACCUUCACCUCUACAGCCCCCUAUUAAUACUCAUCCAAUGCAAACCCAGGCCAAAAGUGGUAUAUUCAAGCCUAAAAUGCUAUCUGCCACCUCACAUCCUCUUCCCUCCACUAUUACCACUUCUAUUUCUUCCAUCCCAGCUACACCCAAUACCUAUAAACAGGCUACCAAGGAUCCAAGGUGCAUUGAGGCUAUGAAUCUUGAAUUUUCUGCUCUUAAACAAACUGGUACUUGGAGGUUGGUUCCUUAUUGUCCUACUAUGAAUUUGGUGGGGUUCAAGUGGGUGUACCGAGUUAAACACAAGUUUGAUGGUACAAUGGAUAGGUUUAAAGCCCGACUUGUUGCAAAGGGUUUUCAUCAACAAAGUGGUUUGGACUAUAAUGAAACUUUUAGUCCAGUUGCUAAGCCUACCACUGUUCGCCUUAUUUUGUCUCUUGCUGUUCAGUUUGACUGGAGUAUUUCUCAAUUGGAUAUUACUAAUGCAUUUUUACAUGGUCACUUGUCUGAGGCUGUUUACAUGGUCCAGCCUCCAUGUUUGCAAGUUGGAAAAGGGCUUAUAUGUUUUGAAGUAGGCUCCCCGCGCCUGAAAACUGCUAUGGUUGGUGCUAAACCAUAUUCCUCUCCUACUUCUGCUGUUCGGUUGGAUGCUACUUCUGGUGAACCUUUGUCUAAUCCCACUGAAUUUCGGGCUCUUGUGGGUGCUUUGCAAUAUCUUACUUGGAUGAGGCCCGACAUCUCAUUUUCUGUUAGUCAGUUAUGUCAGUUUAUGCAAUCUCCAAGGACUCCACAUUUAGUUGCUGCUAAGUGGGUUCUUUGCUACCUUAAAGGCACCAUGACUGAAGGUUUGUCUUUCACUAAGGGUUCUCUUGCUCUUCACUAUUAUACAGAUUCUGAUUGGGCAGGGUGCCCUGUGGAUCGACGCUCUGUUAGUGGUUUCUGUGUUUAUUUUGGCCCUAAUUUGGUGUCUUGGAGUGCCAAGAAACAAGGCACUGGCUCGAUCUAG